AUGUCUUUGCACUCUCGAUGGAACACAUUGUGCAUAUUCGGUGUCCUACCCAGCUUCCCCCCUUUCGAUCACUCCCCCGUUAUUCUCCCGGCACUAGAAAUACUCGAAGUGACCAGCGGUGGGAGUUAUGCAACGGGCAUCAUGCGGCUGUUCGCGUCAAUCUCGGCACCCAAAUUACAUCGACUCGUCAUGAUUGAUCGCUGGUCCGAAGACACACCGCUUUUUCGAGAUCUACAGCAGCAGCGGGACCAUUAUCCAUGUUUGCGCUCCCUGGUUGUGAAGGGAAACAAAUAUGUUUCUGCUUUUCCAAAUUGUAGAACCUUGUGGAAGACCUUUCAGUCUGGAAUUUUCCUUUCCAUAAAGGUUGUGGCGACCACUGCAUCACUGGAAGAGUCACCAUUUCCCACCGAUCCCGGCGAGCCUUUCAAUCCGGACAACAUGCUCGAGGAUUUGGCAAGUCCACACGACGGUGAAUGGUAUUUCCCGAAGCUCAAAGCUUUGACGAUCAGCCACACGUCCGAUGUGUCUGGAAGUGCAUUACUUCGCCUGGUUGCAAACCGCAUGCAGGCGAAGAAUACAGAUCCAGACAAAGGUGUCAUUCAGCUAGAGGAAAUUCGAGUGCACAGCAACACAUCUUUGGAUCAGUCUGAUGUAGAUGAGCUUCGGAAAAGCUUGUCGAACUUUGUUCAGACACGAGAGGGCCUGGAUUGGGAAGAGUGCCACUCCAUUGAUGAGUACCACGCUAUAGAGCUGUCUCUGACGCACCUGGCAGAGCUCUCCGAGCACCUUCGCGACCAGCUCGACCAGCCUGUCAACACUAACCGUCCGCCUGCCCGCUCGGACCGUGAUCUGCUUCGUGAAAGGCUCGUAUCCCGGCCACUGGCGUUGCCCAGCGUCAGCCAUCAGAUGCAUCCACAUCGGAUACCUUCGUGCUCGUCAUGUCGUCUGGGAGCGCCGGAAGCGCGAGCCCCUCGAGCCCCUCCGUCUAGCCUCGCAGGAUGGCCGCUAGCGAUAUGCCAGCGGCGCCAUAUCGACCGCACCUUCCCAUCCAUCGAACGCGCCCCGAUUGAGGUGCUCAAUGCCGUCUUUGACGCUGUCUUUGACGAGGGACAAAAAUCGCUGGAUCGAUUUGCCCGAGUCCAAUUCCUUCUGGCCGUCAUGUCAAUCUUCCUCCCAUGGCGAGCGGCCGCGCGUGACAUUCCUGCCCUUACACUGCCCAUCGGACUCGUGCAGCUUUCGCAUACACAGCUGCUGGACGUCUACGUCGUGAAGAUUGUGCGCCUUAUCUCUGAUGGCAUGCACACCAUCAACAAAGUGUUAGUGCACAAACGGGUCCCGUCACGGAUCCCGGAUGUGCAAGGCUCACGGUCAUACAUCUUCGAAACGAUGCAUAUGCUUCAAUGUCGGCCGACAUCACAUAGUAUUCCAGCAGGGUGGAGUGAUCAGUCAAUAAUCAACGAAGGUGUUCGUUCACUUACCUCCAACGGGCUCAGCGGGCUGCAGUUUCAAGGGGUGGAACUCUUCACUGAUACGCUCUCCUCCACUUCGGGCGUUGGGAAUGCACAAGAAUUUGUUGCUAGAUGGCUUCGUAUGCAAAGUCUCCUAGAGGAGAUUGAGUUCUUAGACGAUUGUGAUUACUCAGUGGCCGCCGCCUCACUAAUCGCAGAAGACCCUAACCCCGAAUCAGGAUCGCGAGCGUUGCCGCCCGCGGGGCCUCACAUCUUUGUCUCGUCCAGUUGCAGGCGUACUAGUACUGGCAUAACGACAGUCCCACUGAGCGACCUCACACCUUUGGAUAAACUACCCAUAGAGAUAUUCUCCCUGAUUAUUGAAAUCGGGUUUGAGGAAAUAGACAUCCUCACGCGCGUGCGCUUUGUCCUGCAUGCUGCAUCUGUAUCUCGCACCUGGCGCCAGCUCGUCUUGAGUACGCCAUUGCUCUGGACCACCAUCCACGUCUCUCUCCCUUACAGGCCACCUAUUACGUUCCUGUCGGCCAUGCUCGAACGGUCUCGCGCAUUGACGCUCGACAUCGAUAUCGAUUGGGUCCAUCCAGGACUUCCGCAUUUGCGACGACCAGAGUUGCAAUACCCUCCGGAACUCGGCGUGGACUACAUCCACGGCGUCAUGAGCCUGCUUACUGGGCAUAUUGUGCGGUGGCGGAGCCUCGAUAUAUGUACAGACCACGAUGAUCCCGAGACGAACCUCUCGUCGCUUUUGAUUGGGACAGCACCUGUCCUGAAGAAGUUCCGUCUGUAUUGCACGGACAUCUUCCCUUCCACUGAAGAUGACGAUGAUGCAGUUGACCUUCGUCGAUUCGAGGCACCCCACCUCAUCUCUCUGCACUUAGAGUCAUUGCCUUCUGACGAGGACUUGGCAAGGGCUAUCAAGCGGUUUCCAUCAGUCGCCGAAGUGACAUGGGAAGAGAAGAGCGAGCCUUGGCUGCGAUAUGAGGGCCUGCAGCUUAUGCAGAUCUUUCAGCCUCUCCGUGCACUUAGACGCCUAACCCUUGGUGGACUCGACUUCGCGGAUUGGAAUCCGCCGAGUGACACUGCAGUUCAGGCGAGCCUGCCUACGCUUGAAGUGAUCGAAUUCUAUGAUGCCUCGUACUACAUCCUUGGCGACAUCCUGGAGACAAUUCUGGCGCCGUGUCUACGUCAGGUCAUCAUCCGCGAUGCUGAGCACGACGAUGACCUCUCUUUCACGUUCCUCGGCUUCUGGAACCAUUCGAAUCGACUCCCGCGUCUGCACUCACUGGUACUCGAGGUUUCUCCCCAUUCACAUGACUGCAUACCGGAUGCAGGCGCAUUAUGGGCGGUGUUUGGCUUCUUCCACUCUAUUCGUAUUGUGACUAGCACCAUUGGGAGCUACAGUCCGGACGUGUUGUUGGAUACCUUGUCAACUCCCAAAAAGGACGGUUGGCAGUUCCCAAUGCUGAAGGCGUUGACGGUCCAUUACACGUCCGAGAUCAUGGUGGAAUCGUUGCAUCGACUUGUGCGCAACAGAAACCAGGCUGAGAUCUCAGUUUCGGGUGAGGGUGUCAUGCGCCUGGAGACGCUCGCAGUGCACAGCCCUAUGCCGAUUAGUCAGUCCGACCUCGUCGACUUCACGCAGAAUGUAUCCAAGUUCACGUGGGCGCCGACAAAGCCGGACUGGGAUAUCAACAAGGACCACUUUCCAGACCAGUAUUGUGCUAUGGAACUGAAUAAUGGGCUCGUACCUGCCGCUGACCGCAUACCCUUCGACAUGUUGCAACUCAUAUUCGAGGAAGCGGUGGAAUCAUCCGAUCCCCGCACACGAAUGCGAUUCUCUCUAGCUGUCGCGUCAGUUUCGCGUACAUGGCGAGCCACUGCUCACAAUGUCGCGGUCAUGUGGACGACUAUCUAUAUCUCGUAUCUCACUCCGCCUCCGAUCGAAGUCAUCCGACAGAUGCUGCAGCGUUCGCAAGCACGGCCCCUCGAAGUAUACGUCGAUUGGGUCUUGAACCAGGCUCCUUCGCAUGACGAGCCAGGGGUCUAUUGGAAGCCAAGAGUCGCCCUCGCACACUCGGCAGGGCCUCACAACAUGUCGUAUAUUUCAAAAGCGAUUCAUCUGCUCACCGACCAUGUACGAAGGUGGAGAACAGCCGACGUUAUGUGGACCGGACCUCGUAAAUUCUUGGCUAUGGCAUCCGGGAAGCUGCGUAUCGCAUUCAUUCAUCCAGACCUGGGCAUCGGCGGAGCUGAACGCCUAGUCGUCGAUGCCGCCCUUGGACUACAACAGCUAGGUCACGAAGUUGAUAUUUACACUUCGCAUCACGAUCCGGAACACUGUUUCGACGAAACGCGGGAUGCCCACUUCCCGUCGAUCUCGUCGACGCCGAAGGUCGUGUAUCCUGGGAUUAAUCUGGCAGCAUACGAAACCAAGGAGGUCGAUGGGCAGGAUCCCGACGUUCUGCAGGUCACGUCAACCCAGGACAGGGACCGCCCAACACUUCUGUCCUUGAACCGAUUUGAAGGGAAGAAAAACGCUGCGCUAGCCGUAAACGCGUUUGCCCGCCUUCGCAAGAACUUGGCGACAGGCUCUCCAGGAAACAUGCGUUUGGUCAUAGCGGGUGGAUACGACCCGAGGCUAGAGGAUAACAUGAUGACGCUCGUCGGGCUCAUCGACGGAGCAAAGGCACACACACUCACCUUCAACAUCCUCACACCGUCCACCUCACACGUCACCAUCCCGCCCUUCGACCUCACUCCGACAGAUCCCGACGUCCUCUUCCUCCUCAACUUCACCACCGCACAGCGCUCCGCACUCCUCUCUGCGUCCUCCACGCUCGCGCUGCUCUAUACUCCCACGAAUGAGCAUUUCGGCAUCGGCCCGGUCGAGGCGAUGGUCUGCGGCCUCCCCGUCCUCGCGUGCAACUCCGGCGGGCCGACAGAGAGCGUCGUCGACGCGCCACCGGACGAGCGCACGGGCUGGCUGCGCCCGCCAGAUGCAGAAAAGUGGGCAGACGCUCUCCGCGAGAUCAUGGCGCUCUCGGAUGGGGAGCGCGAGGCGCUUGGGGAGCGGGCUCGUCGAAGGGCGCAGGAGCACUUUGGCAUGGAGGCGAUGGCACAGGGCCUCGAAGGCGCGCUACAGGAGGGUGUAGCGAUGGGGCCUGUCAUGGCGUCGUCGGCGCUUAUGGUCUUUUGGGCGAUACUUGCGGUGCUUGCUGCCUUCCUCGUCAGACUUAUCUCUUGA